CGUGAGUAAUAAUUUAUGGUUUGUGUGUGUAAUAACACUGUCACACAAGAAAAGUGGACGUAUCAGGGGUCUGAGCUCUUAAGUUCUCUUCUUGUCAAGUAUGUGUGACAAAUUCAGCCACCACAAUUAUAGCUGAGCAUUAGCAUAGCACGUAGCCCAAGAGUUAGUAGCGUAAAGUAGCUAGCGUUAACGCCUGUGAUUUUUCUCAUUGCUCAUUAGCCACACAGUUACAAAGCACCAAAAUCUUUCAUGACAUAAAUGGACGUUGAUUGAAUACUUCAGUCACCGGGGGGGCAGUGAUUGUUUGAAUGAAACUUUGUAAGGCCUCGAUAACUCUUACACCUGCAUAGUGCUGUCUACGUAGCAGAUUCCAGGAUAUCUAUACAACUGACGACUUUGGGUUGACCCAGGUAUUGGUGAGUGUACACUUCAUAAGAUCAACAACAGAGGAUAUGAACCUCUACCACACCGCAUUAAAGGUAGACCAGGCUUUGUUUGGGCUGAUAGAGCUUAGUGAGGGAAAUGGGAUGUAAGUGCGUGAGGAAUCAUAUGCCAUGUCAUGCAAAUGGGGCUGAAUAAUCACUGUGACAGAGGACUGUGGGUGUCUUAUUACACACAGCUGGCAGUAUUACAAUGCAGUCCAUCCUGUGUGUGAAGUUCAUUAACUACACCUCAUGAGACAAUUUUAGAAAUGGUAAGGGUAUGUAAUGAUUAAAUCUUGAUUGUGAUUUUUGUCAAAGUGAACCUCAGCCUUGCAGAACAGUUGUAUUUCCUUUGUCAUUUAUAUUUCACGGAAUAUUUUUGAGGAUUUCACAACUGGCUUCAUAUCUGGUGUGCUCUCACCUCCCUUUACCAAGUGUCUCCUUUUCAGCGAUCUUAUCAUGCAUAUUUGGGCUAUGUCUUUACUUGUUUUGUUACAAUGCUAUUGCAGAUAUGUAGAGAUUUAGUAACAAUGUGUGAAAGCCUGAAAAAUUCAGUUAAACAAGGGUUUAGCAUUUUAACAAAUACAUUUCCCCAUAAUCUUAAGAUUAGGGUGGAUUUGAUUUGUUUACUUCCUUGAAAUUCUUUCUGCUUUUCUUUGUUUUGAACUUUUUCAGGAAAUGCUUAUGUAAUAUUAAAUCUUAAAUCUCUUCGCUCUUCCCAAAAAUGAAACUAUACACCUUGAUAUCUGAAGUUAAUUUCCCGUUAUAUGUUUCUUCCCCACCCUCUCACUCACAUCUUUCCCAAGUCCCACCCUUUUUCCCCUCCUCCCAUCCCUUGUCAAGCCUCCCUCCCUCUCCUCAUAGAGCCCAUUCUCUCCACACGAAACACACAGUCAACUUCAACUUCACAGCUGUAGCAGAACAUAUCACAUUUACACAGGAUUAUUUACUAAAUUACUGAAGAUCAAAUCUGCAAGACUGUCUGUCAGUGUCACGCCAAGGAAGGCACAUCAGGACAUGCGUGAUGAGCUGAUCACUCUGUAAACCGUUGUCACUGGUCAAGUGUUGUCCUCACCAGUGGUCAUGGGGAUAUACGGGAAAAUGAGGGGUUGGAAGCUGUGGGGCAGUGCUGGAAUAUUCAGAGCUGGAGUGGGAAUCUUACUGCUUGGGCUCAGUCUGGCCCAGUCUGUCCCUCCACAAAUUGUCUGUCCAGCAGCCAUGGCCCCACAGAGCCUCACCCAGCCAGACUAUCAGGACUCAACUGAGGAGGACCCUGGAGUGGGCUUUAUAGCAGCUUUUGUCCACUCCUUCCUCAAUACAGUCCAGCCUAACCCAUUUCCUAAAGAUCUGAUCCUGACGGUAGUUCAGGACGUAAACCAGGUUCAGUCAGAUAAAGCGCUCAUCAACAAAAUCCUGAUAUAUGAAGUGGGGUUCCUGGUGUGUAUAGCCAUUGGCGUUGUCUACAUCGUUCUCAUGCCCAUAGUUGGUUUCUUCUUGGCAUGCUGUCGCUGCUGUGGCAACUGUGGUGGAAAGAUGUACCAGAAACAGACAUCUUCCAUUCACUGUUGCAGAAGAACCCUUUACUGGAGCACAUUUGUUACCACUGUUAUCAUCCUGGCUGGAAACAUUUGCAUGUUCAGAAGUAAUGAAGCCCUGAAAGUGGCUGCAGAUCGAAGUGCAGUGGAUAUCAACAAAACUAUAGAUAACCUUGACACCUACCUCACUACUGUUCCUCAGCAAGUCCUGUACGUGGUAAAUGAGAGCUACAGCACAGUCCAGGAAGUUUCAAAGAACCUUGAUGCCAUUGGGCCUCAGCUGGGUUCUCAGAUACAGCACCGCUUCAGAGGAACCUUUAAUCCAGCUCUACAAUCACUUCUACUCAUGGACCAAGAGAUCGUAAACACCAGUAUUCAGCUGAAGGAGCUGAACACAACUUUGGCAAAACUGCAGUCCAGUAUAGAUAUCCUCCAGGCGAAUGUCACAGCUGUAAAAAAUGAUACCAGCCAGACCAUAUCCAAGCCAGAUUGCACUGGCUGUACCAACCUGAGGCCAGAGCUACAGAAAAUGACAUUGGACACCAUCACGUUUCCUGGUCUGAGCGAGUUUGAGUCUGCAUUGGAUGAAGCUAUGAAAGCUGAUCUCAAAUCCAGGAUCAAAGAGAUUCAGAACAACUUCAACAAUAUCCCCCAGACCGUGACCAAUGACACCAAGGAUGUGGUCCAAAAAAGCAAGCAGGCGCUGAACGACAUACAAAAUCAGAUUUCUCAGGUGACCGAUGGAAAGUAUUUAUCUGCCCUGGAUGAUGUGACGGAUACGCUGGAUCGGGUGCAGAGAGACAUUGGCAAGUUCACCCCAUAUGCUGAGAGAGCAGAAUACAUCAGAUGGGCAGUGUGUCUAGCCUUGUGCUGUGUGGUCCUCCUGGUAGUGGUGUGUAACCUCCUGGGUUUGGUUUUGGGUCCUCUGGGUCUGACACCCAAAGCGGACCCAGCAAAGCGGUCAUGCACAGCCGACUGUGGAGGGACCUUUUUUGUGAUGGGUGCUGGAUUUAGCUUCCUCUUCUCAUGGCUAUUCAUGAUAUUGGUGGUGCUGUUGUUCUUGCUGGGUGGAAAUAUUUAUACUUUGCUGUGUCAGCCCUGGAAAAGUGGGGAGCUACUAAAGGUUAUUGACACGCCAGGUGUACUUCUAGAACAGAAUAUCAGUACAACUUUAGGAGUAAAAAACGUCAGUAUUUCUGGUAUUUAUAGCGACUGUGAGAAAAACGAGCCUCUGUGGUCAGCACUUCAUUUAUAUGAGCUGAUAGAUCUGGAAAACUUACUCAAUAUAUCCAAAUACACAGAGGAGAUCAAGCAGGAGUUUGACAAUACAGACAUCACUCUGUCCACUGUCACAUUUCUGAGCCCUGAAGUUAAAAACCAACUAAGCAACUUUUCUUCCACGGCUAACAAUAUUGACUUCACCACUUUAAUUCAGCAGAUGAAUAACAUUUCCAGCAUUAAUCUGAACAUAACUGCAGACAAACUUGAUCUUGCUGCUACCCAAACAAGUGGUAGUACUCAGACAGAACUCCAAAAUGAAGCCAACAGCCUGAGGCAGAUCCAAGCUGACAUCGAAACAACCAUCAUCCCACAGCUGGAAGAGCUGAACUCCACCAUCGAGGCAAUUCGAUCCACGGCAGAGAAAAUCAAUAGAACAGUGGGGGAGGUGCUGAGCAACGUGGGAGCAGCACAAGACUUCUUCAACACAAAUACGACACAGAUCGUCAAGACCGAGAGCAGAACGUUUUUGGACUGUCAGCUGGGUUACUUCACUGCUUAUGCUGACUGGGCCAAUAUCACGAUCACACAGGAGGUCGGUCGCUGUGGGCCAGUUGCAGGAGCCAUUGACUCGGCUCAGAUCAUCAUCUGCUCAAACAUGGUGGAAUCUCUGAAUGCAUUUUGGUUGUGUCUGGGAUGGUGCUUGAUCUUCUUCAUCCCCAGCAUCAUUUUCUCUAUCAAACUUGCCAAAUACUACAGGAGGAUGAAGUACUCUGAUGUCUUUGAUGACCGCAUUAUAAUGAACCACAUCCCACGAGCCCAAAUGACAUUCAGCUGAGGAGGCAGCUCAUAAGUGGUGCAGCUUUUAAACAACUGUAGCAACAACUUAAGCACCGUUUGACAAAUAAAAACAUAUGGUACACUGUUAAACAGAUGCGGAACGCAAGCUGAAACACAGAAAGAGGGGUUACAUUUCAAUUCCAGUUGUGUUUACUGGGUGGAGAAGCAAAGUAAUAACUUGUGACAGUCAUCAGAGUAUUUUGCAUACUCUGCCUAUAAGAGGAAUUAACCUUAGGGGGACACAGGGCAUAAGGGAAUCGGCAGGGAUUUUUUCAAUAUUUUAAAUGAGCAUUUCAAGAAUGUUACUCUAUUUGUUUAUAUAUAACAUAUAUAAAAUGAGCUGCUGUUGAACUGUGAGAUCACAUAGUGAAUAUGUAAACUAUAAGGCUGAUUUUCUGUAAAGUGUUAAAUACACAGAUGCUCACAUCUAACAUCAAAGUAAACAGUCAUUUGGUGUUCAGUGUUCUGCCAGCAGUGUGUUGUGCCACGUGGCAUUUAUGUUGUGCCAGCCUAUGUAUUUUUAUAGCUGUUGUUUGGCAAUCCUAUCCCAAUGAAAACACUUUUAAAAUGAAUCCUUAAUUAUAUUUGCACUAAUAUUGAAAAUUAGUUUCCUGUUUACCGCUGUUAAUUCUGUGAUAUAUGUAAUGAAUUCACUUUUUUGUGAAAAAAAUGAUACAUUUUUUGCUUUUUUUUGUGGUCUUAAAUAUUCUUACAAUUGUUGAUUUUGACCAAUAUUAUUCUGAAUUUGUUUGUACUAUGUUAUGUGUAAUGUGUAUGUUCUGUUACACAGCACUCUAAAUGUUAUUUUUGGUCAAUGUGAUAACAACUUGUAAAUAUUUCUACCAGUUGUUGUGAAACUACUGUAAGUAAAAUGGCCACUGAUUGGCUAACACG